AUGGAUUUCCUUAAGAAGGCCAAACAGACCAUGAAGGAGCUGGAGGGAGACCUGAACAAAGCCACUGCUCAAUUAGGCUUCGGUGAUAAGUCUCAAAACGGAGCUCAGGUUCCUGUGGCCGCAGAGCCCGCAUCCAGCAACAGCACCCCCGCUACCAGUACCAUCAAUACCCCAUCGACUUCUGUUGCCCCCAGUACCGCUGGAGGAGACGCCCCAAAGACCAAGCUGCCCCUGGCCAUCCGCAAGAAUGUCCGUGACGAAUUCGAAACCAAGAUCCCCGAACUCGAAGCAAAUCUCUCCUCCGUCCUUGGUCAGCCAUGGAAGAUCAGUUUCGAUCCAGGCCAUCUCUAUACCCUAGCCGACGACCGCUUUUCCAAAGAGAAGCCCGGCCAAAUGUUCACCCAAUACUGUCAAGGCGCCACCAGAGGCAUCUCAGACUACAUCGAACAGUUCGGCGCCGAUGGAAAAUCCGAACUCAAUACUCUUGCCUCGUCCCACACCAUGACCCUCGAGCAGACCACGAAUCCCAAAAUCAGCUACUCGGGCUGCGAGAUCAGCAGCGGCAUGCUUCGUCUCGUCUUCCGUGAUAAAUACCUCGGCUCCAACAUUAAUACCGUGUGCGCCGAGCUCGCCACCGCUGUCAACAACGCCGGCAUGUCGUCCAACCCCGAGGGUGGUGCGGCAUUGGACUUUAAUGCCAAGAACGGCAUCAAGAAGGACUACGAACCUGAGAUUGGCAAUGUCAAGGCGAAGAUACAGUCGAUCCUCGGCUUGCCGAUGUUGGAACUCCACCCCAACUUCGAGCGCAACUUCGCCGCCAUCGCAGCCUACACGGCCUCCGGGAAGCAACCGACGACAUACCCACGCGAAUGGCAGAAGAAGCUCGGGUUUCAUACGUUCAAAUACUUUGAGAGUCUUGUCUCUUCGCUUGAAGGACAAGGCUUCGCCAAGGACGACAUGCUGCAGGAGGGAUACCAAGAGACCGCGGACAAGAAUGAGAUCGGGCUCAGGAUUGUGGAUAAGUUGCAGAAGGGUACCUAUAACGAGUGCGUGUUUGAGAACGGGGUCAUGUAUAUCCAGACAACGCCGCAGUACUGGACGUCGAACAUCCGGGAUGCGGGCGCCAAAAUUGUGGACUUGCUGUAG